AUGAUAAUGGCCAAGCAAGAUGAGGAACAACGUCUAGGUGUUCUUCAUCUUGAGAAAACACAUCGCAAUAAGAGAAAUCCAAAAAGAUUCAAGAAGACAAAUUUUACACGAAGUGCACUUACCGAGGAGGACAAGAAAGCGCUAACUUAUGCGAAAGUGGAGCCGCUGUAUCAGAUGUGGUGCGAAUACUAUCGUAGUUUGUUAGGCGAUCAACAAAAAGCUCCGGACGAGCGAAUGCUCAAAGCAGACUAUCAUGGGGCUUUGGUGUUAGUCGCAGAAGCUCACAAUCCCACUAUGAUAGGAAUUGUUGGGAUUAUAGUGUUAGAAACGCGGCAGACCUUUCAAUUGGUAACCAAAGCUGACAAAUAUGUUGUGAUCCCGAAGCAGGGUACAGCUUUGCAAUUCAUACUGGACGGACGUGUUUUUACCCUUUUCUGUGAUGCGAUGAGGUAUAAACCGUCAUUACGCGGCAAGAAACAUCGACUACGCGUUGCUUUACCAUUUUUCAUUAGAUAAUGUUGACCUAACGCAUCGAAAAAUGUGUUCAAGAAGAAUAAAUAAUUUGAUUUUUCAUUCUGGAAAGUUGAAAUCUUUAUCGUACAUCUCAUAUCACACAAAAAAUUGCCACAAAAGUAAUUUGGCAGUACACGUAUUUGACCAGAAAGUCAUGAAAGACCUGAGCU